AUUAACUCCCACCCUCGAAGAUCAGAGGAUUGUAUCGACUUCGUUCGUGCGAUCGUUCGAGUCAAAGAAUUGGGGUACCCGUUACCAUUUAACAAAAUUGAAAUCAUUUGAACAAGUUUCAUGGAUAAUCACGAUUCUCGCGAGAGAGAAAAGCUUUAGAAGUGUACCUUAGUACGUCAAUCUUUACUUAUUACUAUGAGCAUGUGAAUUUAAAAAAAAUGUUCGAAUAAUGAGGAUUUCGCUGAACUUAAUUAAUUUCGUUCGUAUAAUCAUUUUUAAGGGAUAACAAGGAAAUAGAGACACAAGGAAUAGAAAGCACAAUUUCAUUGGCAAAUCAAUAGAAACAAUCGAUCGAUCUCAUCGAUCGUUCGAUCGAUUCUCGAUAUGAAAGAAAAUCACAUUUUAGCGAAAGUAUUAGCGAUAUGCGCGUACUCGAACUAAAAAUAGGUGACGACGACGAGACUGAAAGACGCGAAUAAUUUAACAGAUAAUAUUUUUGGAUGAAAUCAUUCUAUCGAAGAAAGAUCUAAAGUAUGGGAACACGCUCUCUAGUAAUAAAAACCAGAAUCCAACAUGACUUGACUUCACUCAACUCCGCGAUUCGACUUGACUCGACUCGAUUCGACUCGACUCAACUCGCUUGUUCGCGGAGAAUGCAUUUCCCGUAAAGGCAAUUCCGAAGCACGCUUUCCAAUCAAAUCCGUCGAACCGAUCAAUGUUAUUAUCCUCGAGAAAUGUCUUUGCUUAUCUCGACAAGCUUAUCUCUCUUGCACUACGAUGCGCUAUCUUUUUAUUUUCCCAACUAAUACACAAACGAUAAGGAUUACAUGAAAAAAAAAUAAAAAAAAUGAAGUGGCGAUUUAAUCGUUGACAUUUUUUCCGGGGUGGUGUAGGGGGAAAAGAAUAGGGAGAUGAAAGAUCGUUAUCAAGCAGAAGAAAGAAAGAUCCCUUUCGUGCGAUAGGCAAGAGAGUACCGAGCCCAUUUUUCAAGUCCGUGGCCCUUCGGCCCCGCUCGGGUCCGAAGAAACGAGCCCGUUGAUGGUACAUAGCAUUGGUGGGGGUAAGGAGAGCAAAUGGUGGGGGCAGGGCCGCUGAGUGGCGUUCAGUACCCGACGCACCGUCGAUCGGUGUGUGUCUGUAUUCGUCCUUUCCGUUAUUUUUUUUCCUUAUUCUUUCUUGCAACGCGACUAAUUCGUCUUUUUUCUUUUUCUUUCCCCUUUCUUUUUUUUUUUUUUUACUUUUCUUCCCUUCUCAUUUUCUUUGAUCUUUUUUUUUUUUUUUUUUUUCAAUUUCUAUCUUUACUCGACGAGCCCUAUUGCUCGAGGCAAGAACAACCAGCGGCAGGUAAAAGGCGAACAGCACCUGCAAACGAAGGAAGGAAAACUUUGUCUAUUAUCGUUUCUUCAAAUCAUUCUCGAACGUCCAUCCUAAUCUUUGUACGAAGAAGCUCUCGCGAUCGAAAGGAUGAAAUCGUUUUCGUUAGGAUUGAUAGAUAGAUCAAUGGAUGGAUAGAUAAAUGAAUGGAUGGAUGGGAUGGAUGGAUGGAUAAAUGGAUAAAUGGAUUGACGUAUAGAUAGAUAAAUAGAUAGAUAGAUAGAAAGAAAGAAAGGUGCGCGAGAAUGCGUUUGCAUUCACCUCGAACUAUAGUGGAGACGUUCGGCCGAUCGAGGCUGUUGUUACGCGUGCAACAAGUGGUACUCGUUGUCGGUGACGACAGGAUGAUGCGACGACCGACCGUGGACCUUUUAAGAAAAGUCACACUCGUGUGAAACGUUUUCAAAAGAGUGAGGGAUAAAAAUAUAUAUAUAUAUAUAUAUAUAUAUAUAUAUAUAUAUAUAUAAAAGAUAGCAUAGAGCAUACGAAAGGCCAAAGAAGCAGCUUCUCUCUUUCGCUUUGGAAAAAAGUGGCUCGAGGUCGUGCCUCGAGCACGAAUCUUCGAAUUCUUCUCUUGGCUCGUGGCACGCGAUGCGAGAGGCGAUCCUCAGCCUCGUGUAACGUCGCCUGUGAUCGUGUCGACGACGACGAGGACGACAACGACGACGACAGUGGCUCGCUGUCAUUAUUAUAAUACACACACAAUCUACGUUUCCAUUCAAUAAUAAAAAAAGGAAAAAAAGAAACUUUAUGAGAUGUUCGCUAAGGAACAGGUGAACCGAGGACACAUUGUGUCACCCGAUAUCUAUCUAUUCCUAUAACAAACAGAAACAAAGAAAAAGAUUAUCCAAUCUUCAGCAAUGAGAUUAUUAACGUCGAGAUUGCAUUCGCCUCGAAAAUUAUCGAAGAUUAUCCUCGAGUGGUUAUUUACGUCGGCCAGAUCCGUUCAGUCGAGAAUCGGCAAGUGACAACACAACACUGUGCCUGAGAGAAAAAUAAAGAGGGAAGAGGGAGAGGGAGAAAGAGAAAAAAAAAAACUUGAGAAUCGAGAGUGCCUAUAGUAGUCGACCAUGAUGAAGUUCAAAUCGCUGUUUCGCAGAGGACAGCAAAGCCAGCAGCAGCAGCAGCAGCAGCAACAACAACAGCAGCAGCAGCAGCAGCAGCAGCAGCAACAACAACAACAACAACAAUCGACGCAGGGCCCACAACAACCACAACAACAGCAACAGGUCCCCCUGCGUCAGGCCCCGAGCGCCUCCUCGCUCGAAACAAAAACUGAGAGCUUAUCGACGGAAAACUGGAGUUCGAUCGGUAAAGAAGUUCCCAAGAGCAACGCCAAGAAUCAGCAACAGCAUCAGAAAGGACCCGCUAAGGGGUCCAGGAUGCAGGAGCUGGAACGGGAGAUCGAGAUCUUACGAAAGGAUCGUGCCCGGCUUGAGGCUAACCUAAGGGAAGCAACUACCGAUGCUCAAUCGUUACACGACCUGAAAACUGAACUCGCGUCUCUCAAGGAGCAGCAUAGUCUGGAGUUAGAUCGUCUUGCAGAAGAGAAUGAAGCUCUUCGUGCCCGUCUUAGGAAUGUAGCUCAUUCUCCGUUAUCUGAUUCAGAGAAGCAGCAGCUGCUAUUAGAUGCAUCAAGGCUUCAUAAUUCUGCACCAGCUUCGAUUGCUAUACCUCAAGAUGAUAGCUGUACACCAAAUGCAAAUCUAUCACAAGACAGUGCGCAAUGCACUACUCCGGAUUGGGAUAAACAUUCCUCUAGCUCUAUAUCAGAAGUUUCAGUGGCUUGUCUUCAAGACAGAAUAUUACAAAUGGAAGAAACGCAUUAUUCCACUAAUGAAGAAUUACAGGCAACUAUUCAAGAAUUGAGUGAUUUACAAGCUCAAUUAACGGAACUGCAAGCUGACAAUGAAAGAUUAACAGAAGAAAAAGGUGUACUUUUGGAAUCAUUGUGUCGACAAACAGAAAAGCUAGAAGAUUCAAGAUCAAAAGUUGAUACUUUACAAGGACUUUUAUUAAGAGAAGAACAACCACAAGAAUCGUCUAAAGGUUAUAACACAGAAAGAGAACAAAAAUUAGUUGACUUAUUGAAAAGUGCUCAAGAAGAACGAGAAGCUCUGCUUCAAAAGCAAGAAGAAUUAACGUCGGAACUGAAAAAUUUAAGAACGACCGCCGAUGCUAAUGCUACAGAAGCAGAAAGAUUAAGAAAAUGUGUCCAUUUGCUUGAAUCUACUAUAGAAACAGUCAAUAUAGAACGUAAACAAUUGGAUGUAGAAUUAGCAGAAGCACGUCAAGAAGGUGCGAACAGAAGUAUAGAAAUUAGCAGAUUAGCUACCUUACUGGAUAAUGCCAGAGCUAAGAUUGAAGAAUUGGAGCAAUCAAGACAAGUAGAAAGUAAAAGUGAAGCUGAUGAAUUGUUAGAUGCUGCAAGACGUGAGAAAGAUACAUUAGAAACGCAAGCUGCAGCUUUACAAGAACAAUUGGCACGUUCGCAUUGUGAUCAUGAUCGUCUUAGAGAUCAAUAUUCUCAACUUCAAGAAGAAUACAAGGUUGCUCGAAAUAAUGCUAAAUCAGCUAUUGAUGACUUGGAAUAUAGAUUAAAUCAAUUGAAAGAUGAACGACUUUCUGUCAGUACCGAAUUACAAUUAGUAAGAGAUUCUUUGGCAGAAUUACAAACACAAUGUCAACGACAUCUAGAAGAUAAAAGAGAAUUGAAGGCUGCUCUUAGCGAAGCACAAAGAAGGGAACGGGAAGCACAAACUCAUCAAUACGAGUUAGAACGUGCUUUAGCUGAGGAACGUAGAUUGAGACAAGAAGAAAGUGCUGAAUGGGAACAAUUCCAGACGGAUCUACUUAUGACUGUUAGAGUUGCGAAUGACUUUAAAACUGAGGCCCAGAGCGAAUUAGAACGUGUAGUAUUGGAAAACAAAGCGCAAAGAGAUAAAUUGAGAACAUUAGAGGCUCAACUAGAUAAACUUAAUAAAGGCAAUACCACAGUGUCCAACAAUAAAGUAUUUGACACUACUAGCAGAAAUAAACGAAAACCGACUAGCAUUAUUUUGAAACGUGGACGUACUAUUACAAAACGUCCUCGUGAGAUAAGACGGCACAUAUCACCGACUAAUUUUUUUAAAACGUUAAUCAAAAAAAAUUCAUACAAGAUGAUAAAUAAACCUACCGAACUUGCUCCUAUUAAUACAACAAAGGAACAAGAUAUUACAGAGUUAUCAAAAGAUGAAACAGAUCUGGGUAAUCCAUGCUCUAUUAAAGAAGUAAUUAAAGUAGAUGAAAAAUUAAUGUCUGGUAAGGAGAUUGAAUUUUGUCCAGCUUCUACUCCAAAAAGUAGAAAUCUUGAUACGAGUACGGGACUGACUAUAUUAGAAAGUAAGAUCGUAGAUUCGACAAAAGAAAGUGUCAAUGAAAUAUCUGAAAAAUUAUCUACUAAUCAAUCUGUAAAUAUCCAACAAAGUGAAUUAUAUUCUGAGAUAAAUAAUAGCAUAGAUAUAGAUUUAAAAAAUGAUCUAGAAAAUGAGAAUAGUAAUCGUAAACUUUAUAUUCCCAGCUCACCUAAUAUAGAUAAAAAUGCAAUUUUUAAAAGCUCUCUACUAAAAAAUAUCAAAGGAAUUCAAAGUAUUGAUACAAAUUCUUAUGGUAUCAAUAUUUCGAACAGUAGAUUUUUUGUACCAAAGAAUUAUGUAUUUUCUGAUAUUGACAGUUCAAUGAAUGAUCUUAAAUUUGAAGUAGAUCCUGAGAUGAGCAAAUUAUUGCAGAAAAAUGAAAAUAAAAUUCCUAAUGGAGCAGAUUCAAAUUUAAUCUCAGAAAUCACUAAUGAAAAAUCUCCUUUGGAAGAUUCAAUAAUAUCCAAAACAACAGUGACCAAAGAUACUUUUACAUCAGAUGAUAAAGAAAAAUCCUUGCAUCAGCUUCCUGAGGCAAAUAAUUUAACAAAAGAAAUUAUUAACUUGAAUGAUAAAAAGAAACGAUUAUUUUUAAAAAGAUAUGAAUCAAAACCAAGUAGUGAAAUAGUUGACUCUCUUUUGGAUAACAUACAGUAUAAACCAAAAUUGAAUAUGAUUAAUUAUUAUUUACGACAUAAGAAUUUUUCUGCGUCAUUAGAUAAUCUUGAUUCCUAUAGAAUUACCGAUAAUAAUGAUAUUAUUCAAACUCAUAGAAGUUACGAAUCUCUUCCAAUUAUUGAUUAUGAAGCGAAAAAUAAAAUGAUAAAUGAAAAAAAUUCUAAUAAUAAUCAAUCUAUUAUAGAUAAUAAAAAACAAAAUUGUAUUUCUGUUAAUGACAAUGAACAAUCUCCUAUAAAACGUAAUUAUCGUUCGGCACAUGAUGCAGAUACGCAUACUUCAGUUUACAAACAAAGGAAUAUCGAUGUAAAGGCAAAAACAACUAAAAAUACCAUAAAAAGUAAAGAUGCCAAUUACAGUCCAAAUAAUAUUUCUAUUAAAUUUCAUUUAGAGAGGGAUCAAUUGAAAGAUCAAGAUUCCUUGAAUUGUGAAAGAAAUAGUACAGGAAAAGCAAUUUAUGAAUGUAACAAAUCUAAAUCUUUUCAAUAUUCAAAACAUAAUUAUUUAGAAAAACGUAAUUCUUAUCCAUCUAUGUCUUCUAUAAAGCAUAUUCCUAUAUCUUCUGUUUGCAACACAAUACAUUCUAUAACACCAUCGUACACAUCGAAUAGAACUUCAACCUAUACUUUAAGAGACAGGACUCAAACAUCUGAACAAUUUUCUCCUACUAGAAUGCUAAACAAAUCAUUUAAAGACAUAUCCAAAUAUAAUGAUAUACAAAGUGAUAGAUAUCUAGCUUUAUGUGAAGCUAAUCGUCUGAAACGUUUGAAAUUUUUAAGGAUGAACUUGCAAACAGAUUACAAUAUAGAAGAUAAAAAGAUACAUAGUUAUGUUGCUAGAAAAGUAUCAGUAAAUAAUGACAAUUAUAAUACGAGUAUCGUGCCUGAAGUCUCACAAAACGAUACUAAUUUUGCCUUGCUAUGCAAAGAUCGAGCGAUAGGUCGUACAACAUCCUUGAGAGACAAAUUUGAGACUAUCAUAGAAGAUGUGGAACUGAGAGCAGGUCGACGUUCGUUAACAGGAAAAACUUGCGACCAUCCGAUCGAUUUUUCAGCAAAUCAAAAAGUUGUACAACAACCACCUGCAAGGCCAGCGAGUACACCAACGGAAACGCAACAAUGUGUUUUAACAAGUGUACAACAGGAAAUGGCUGCACGACGAAAGGCUAAUAUUUCGCGCCAAGAUUCCAGAUUAUCUGUUAAAUGUUUAAUAGAAAGUAUUGAAAAUGCUACAAAACAAGCUAAAGCUGGACCGGGAAGUCGUAGCAGUUCAACAUCCUCUUUGAAUUCUAUAGGAACAAAUGAUAUAAUGACACUGAAAUCUCCUCUCAGAGAUCAACAACAAAUAAACAAUUUAAUCUGUACAUCAAAUUCACCAAAUAAUAAUAAAACACAGGCGGCAAUAAAUAGGAAACCAUUAACAGAAACAAAGUCAGCAGUACCCGUGGUUUUAAGUCCUGGUGAACUUUUGGAUUCUGCUGCAUUAAAUGUCAAGGCUAUUGAUUUUGUUCGUCGAAAUAGUGUGACAGAUUUAUCAGAACGUAAAGAUCCUCUUUGUGGUUUGAUCAAGAAUGGUGGUUCUAAGAGAAAUGCAUUACUUAAAUGGUGUCAAAACAAAACAUUAGGCUAUCGAAAUAUCGAUAUAACUAAUUUUAGCAGCUCUUGGAACGAUGGCUUAGCUCUUUGCGCUAUUCUUCAUUCUUAUCUUCCAUAUAAAGUACCAUAUGAUACUUUAACACCUGCUGAAAAACGAAAAAAUUUUUCCAUUGCAUUCUCUGCUGCUGAAAGUGUUGGCAUACCUACAACCUUGAAUAUAGGAGAAAUGUGUCAACUGGAAAGACCCGAUUGGCAACAAGUCAUGACAUAUGUGACUAGUAUUUAUAAACAUUUUGAAACAUAAUCGUGGUCACUAUCGAAGAUUAAGCUAUAUCAUUCUUCCCAUUGAAUCCUCUUACACUUAUUUGAGUGAUCAAGAACAACGGCAUCUAGUCAACUAAAUUCUGCAAGAUACGAUUUUAUACAAAUUUUUCAUUAUUGCUGGAUUAGAGCACUGCCUAUACUGUAUAUAUAGCUUUAUGUGAAAGGAUCUAUUGAAGCAUACAGAGAAUUCGAUGGAAGACUACACACCAAAUGGAAUUGCUUUUAUCAUGAGACUGAAAACUUAUUUACACAUGUGUACGCAUACAUACUAUGUAUAGUAAAACCAAGAAAUGGAUAUUUAAAUCUGAUGAAAGUAUAAAACAAAUACCUUUU